AUGCUAUCGCCCGUACGGUUCCCUCGUGCCGGCACGAGUCUGUCCUCACUCCCAUCCAUCCGCCCUUCACGUCGUCCCACCUCCCGCCUUGUUCGACCCCGAACCAUUGCAUCAUUGCACGCCGACACGGUCGCCAGCCCCAAGAUCUGUUAUACUUCGAUUUCCCGAGCAACCGUGACCAAACCUUCCUCCAACCGCGCUCCAUCGAGCGUUCGCCGCUAUCACUCGCCCCUCCACCCUCGCCUCCCACUUCACGAGUACACCAACAGCCAAACCGCCAUCUUGACCGCGUCGUUGGCACACAUCCCCACGUACGGCUUUACUCCCGCGGCGCUGACUCGUGGUGCGCGCGAUGCGGGCUUCCUCGAUGUGUCGGUGCAGCUUUUGCCGAGGGGGGAGUUUGAUCUAGUGCUGUUUUGGCUGGCUAGUCGAAGGGGGUUACUGAGGGGGAGAGUUGAGGAUGGGACUGUGUUUGGAGCUGGAGAGAAGUCCGCUCUGGGUGUGGAUGAAAAGGUGCAAAUGCUUGUUAUGGAGAGAUUGAGGAUGAAUGCGGAUGUGAAGGAGUUUUGGCAGGAUGCCCUCGCCCAAAUGUCUCUGCUGGGAAACAUCCCCCUGGCCCUCUCCGAGCUUCAUGCCCUGUCCAACGAUAUUUUGAACCUCGCCGGCGACACCGCUGUCGAUUCCACCUGGUAUGCGCGCCGCAUGGCCGUGGGCGCCAUCUACGCCAGCGCCGAAAUGGUGAUGACCCGGGAUCCGACCCCGAAUAUGGCCGAGACAGAAGCCUUUGUCCGGAGACGAUUCGAGGAUAAGCAGGUGGUGAAGGAUAAGGUGGAAGGAGUGGGAUCAUGGGUUGGGUUUUGGGGGAAUACAGUUGUCGGGGUGGGAAGGAGUUGGGGGUUGAAGAUUUAA